AUAAGCGGCAGGAUGCGCGCCGAGCUCCCUCUAUCUCACCGGUGCUUUCAUUCCAAAAUUCUCAGUUAAAAUAAAAAAACAAAUCAUUUAAUUACUUCCCCUCCCUACUCUUUCUGUCACGUCUGUCUCUCUCACUCCCCUCACGUCUGUUUGUCUCUCUCUCUCUCUGACCACCGCAUAUUCAGUCACACACACACACUCUCUCUCUCUCUCUCUCUCUCUCUCUUCUGGAAAUGUGAAAUCGAAGAGCGGAGGUACCAUAUACAAUUUGCAGUGUUGGGGAGAUUAGGGUUUAUCGGAGUGGAGAGCUGAAGAAUGCCGUUGACGAGGUACCAGAUAAGGAACGAGUACGGCUUGGCCGAUCCGGAACUGUACGGAGCAGCCGAUAGGGAUGAUCCAGAGGCUCUUCUGGAAGGCGUGGCCAUGGCCGGCCUUGUCGGCGUUUUGCGGCAGCUCGGCGACCUUGCCGAGUUUGCUGCUGAAAUAUUUCAUGACUUGCACGAGGAAGUAAUGGGAACCGCUACACGAGGCCACGGUCUAGUGGUUCGUAUCCAACAGCUUGAAGCAGACUUUCCUUCAAUUGAGAAGGCACUUCUAUCUCAAACCAAUCAUUCUUCAUUCUUUUCCAACCCAGGGGUUGACUGGCAUCCUAAUCUGCGUUCUGAACAGAAUAUGAUCACCCGUGGAGACUUACCUCGCUUUCUAAUGGAUUCUUAUGAAGAAUGCCGUGGUCCUCCUCGGCUAUUCCUUUUGGACAAGUUUGAUGUUGCUGGAGCUGGGGCAUGUUUGAAGCGGUACACUGAUCCGUCAUUCUUUAAAGUCGAAUCAGCAUCUUCAAUAACAGUGGAGAUGCAGAGAGAAAAGAAAACCCGUAAAGUGAAGCAGAAGAAAGGAUCCCGCUGGAGGAAUGGAGAAACCCCAGAAGUUGCACUGACAUCCCAUGCCAAGUCAAAUGCCAAACUGCAUGAGUUGUUCCUGGAGGAGCGUAUUGAGAAUUGUUCCAGUGAUUCUGUAUGUCGUGUGAAAUUGAAGAAAAGGCAUUUGAAUGGAUCUGCAGUUGACUCAAAAACUGGGAAAAGUUACAUGAAAACAUUUCUGGAGACUCUUUCACCAGAACGCAAACUUAUUUGUGAAACUUCUGUUGCUCCACCGCUCUUGAGAUUGACCUUAGGUGAUAGUGGUGAGCCAGACCUUAGAAUACUUGACAUCACUACAGUGAGUCCUGCUGAAAUGUCCCCAGAAAUGGAAAUUGCUAGCUUUUCACCUGAUAUCCAUAAAGAUAUAUUAAAACCAUCCAUGGAUGGCUUUAAUAGGGGGGUUUUUGAUAGAGAAAUUCCAGAGGGGUCUGAUCCAAACUCUGAUGUUGAGACAAAUGAAAAUUAUUCCAACCUUCAUCAGGUGGCAGCAGAUACGCAAUUAGCAGUUGGUGGAGAACAUAAAACUGAAGGCAGCAUGGAGGGGUCCACCCUCUCCAGUUAUGUUGAUAGGACAAGUGAGGUGGACAAUUACAUGGAUGCUCUUGCAAAUAUGGAAUCAGAAAUGGAAAUUAACAAUGAAUUUCAGCCUAAGAACAAUCUACGCUUCCAGAAUGUGGAAAAAUAUGGGAUAGACUCUGAUGCAGAUGAGGAGCAUCUGGAGCGUCAAACUCGAUUUUUGGAUUCUCAAUCAAUUGGAAACUCCUCUACAUCAGAUGACGGGAAGAAUUCAUUUGAAAAAGAUACAGCCAGUUUUUCGCACUCUGAUAAUCCAAACAACGUGGUUGAGAAUUCACCAUCAGAGUGUAAUGGAGCAGCUAAAGAAUUCCCUUUCACUGAAACCUGUGGAGCUGAGAUUUUUGAGAUGUCGUCCAACCAGCAAUCUGAAUUCGUGGAUUCCCUAGCAGCCACAACAAAGGAGCAUGCGUUAUCUCAUAAUGUAUGCAUUGUCGAAGACAUAAACCCUGAUCCUGGAGAUACAUCUUACAGUGCAUUUGUUAGGGAUACAAGUCCUACCCUACAGCACUCAGACCCUGGAGCAAACUCGCCAGUGGUAUCAUUGGCAGGACCUGUGUUAGAUCAUACCCCCUCUGAGGAAAUUAAAGUUGGUUAUAAAUCACUAGACAUUGAUGAAAAUGGGACAAAUCUGGAUAAUUCUCUGGCUUUUGUCCCCGACUCCCAGACUAAUGAUGAAUCCCCAAGUACUUCACCAAGCCAUCCUGUUGAUGAAUCAGAUAUAGAAGAUUUAGGUGUCAGUUCUGAUGCUUUGCCACAUUUGUCAAAUGUUGAAGCCCUUGCUUCUGAGGAUCAAAGUGGAAAUAUUGCUGUGAAUGAAAUACUUAAGACACAAUUUGCUAAUGAAGAUUCUUUAGAAAGAUUUGCGAGAAAGAUUGAUUCACCACAUUUAAGUAUUUCAUCAACAGAAGAGCAGCUUUCCUCAGCUCUGCCAGAAGAACAAACAUCUUCAGUCAACUCUGAAGUAGUACCGUUUAUGGUGGAUGCUGCACGGAGUCAUAGCUCAGAAGAGCCUGUAGUGGAUGCUCCACAGACACAUGGACUAAUAGAUCAGCAGGAUGCUUGGCAGGCACAUGUCCUAACUGAGCAGCAGGAUGCUCCAGAGACACGUGGCCUAACAGAGCAGCAGGAUGCUUCACAGACGCAUGGCCUAACAGAGCAGCGGGAUGCUUCACAAACACAUGGCCUAACAGAGCAGCAGGAUGUUCCCCAGACACAUGGCCUAAUGGAGCAGCAAUUAUCUGAUUUAGACGAGGACGUUCCCCAACUUGAAUCUGUUAAAGAAGCGGGUGUUCCACAUUAUAAAGAAAAAUUCAAUGUAGAAGAGAGAUCUAGGGCCAUGGAUGACGAGGAAUUACGAUUAUUCACCAGCGAUGCUGAUGUAGGAGGUGAUAUCGUUUCUGUGGAACUAACAUCUAAUUGUCCAACUUUCCCAGGCCAUGAGGAUCAUGUGGAUUCAGAUGAAGUGGUGCCUGAAACACUAUAUGAAGAAACUGUUGCUGUGCCCUCUGCUGCUGAUGCCCAACCUGAUAAUGACGUCAAUGAUGUUAGUUAUUCAUCUCCAAAUGCAAUUUCUUCUUCACCAACGAGUUUUAUAAAUUUGCAUGCAUCUCUUCCUGGAUUUGGGGAUUUCCAUGACAAAGAAUCUGAACUGGAUGAGGUUUCUCCAGAAUCUGUCAGAGACUCAGAAGUGCAAAUGGAAGCAAGUAAAACAGAUGUUUCUCCAGAUUCAGAAUCUAACUCAAGUCAAACAGUUACUCAUGACCAUUCCAGUCCAAAAGCAUCUGAUGAUGGUCAAAAUUUCUCCCUGGAUGAACAGAUUGAGAACAGUUUGGCUGUGCAUGAUGUCCCUGCAGAAUCAAACCCAAGUGAAUCAACUACUUAUGACCAUUCCAGGUCAAAAGUAUUUGAUGAUGGUCAUCAUUUCUCUCUGGAUGAACAAACUGAAAGCAGUUUGGCUGUUGGUGAUGUCACCAUAGACUUGGCAUCUUUAGAAAAUACAGAAGUUGUGUCUUCACCUACCUGCUACCUCCCAGAGCCUGAAACGAGUUUGGAGAAUUCAUUGGAGUUGCAAGCAAAUCAAGUUGAUAUCAAGGAUUUGCCAACAGAUGGAGCAAGGGAUCAGCCAGAAGCUGACUUAAAGCGUUCUCUGCAGGUUCAAUCUGCUGAGCUUGAUGUGGAAAGUUCGGAAGAAGAUCAAGCGAGUAUCAUCUUAUCAAGUCUUCAAUCUGUACAGGCAGGGUCUCAAAACCACAUGGAUCUGGAGAAACCCAACCAGUUACCAUCUACGGAGCACAUCAAUCAGGAAGUAUGCUGGGGUGCUUCCCCGGAAUCUCAUCCUGAAUAUCUUCCAACCCAAGCUUUAACAUCAGAGUUCUUACCAGAAUCAUCAGGCCAGGAACUUGAUGUUAUGAAGCAAACAUUGGAAUCAUUAGAUUUUACCCUUCCUAGAUCAGUCCUGCCCCCUGAAGCUACUGUGGUCAAUCUGGAAGACAUGCCACCAUUGCCACCUUUACCACCAAUGCAAUGGAGGAUGGGAAAACAACACGCUUCCCUUUUUUCACAGAGAGAAUUGGUUGGAGUUGGUCAGGAUUCUUUGCUGCCAAUACGGCCACCGGAAUCUGAUGAGAAAGCUCAAUUUGAUAUGCCAGCACCACAGAGUGAGGUGUUGCCUCCCCAGAACCCAUUUUUGCCUCUCACGUCUGAAGAAGGCGAGAAGUUCCAACAUGUUUCUGAACCAGUAAUGGGCAAUGUGGUGCAUCCUGCCCCGUAUUCAUUGCAUUUACCAGCCAUGGUUAAUGAUGCUAAUCAUCAGUACAAUUUACCUGAUUUAGAGGGGGCACAAUUCUCGAACUCAUUUUUAUCGUUACCAGGGGUAUCUCAAGAUGGGUCUGGAAGUAAUCACUUAGCUUCAGAGGGAGAAAAAGUUAAGACUUGUUCAAAUCCAUUCACUGGACCAAGCUCGGAAUGUGUAACUUUUACACAUGACCCUGAAUCUUCUCAUGGAUCUAUUAUCCAGCCUGUGCAGCAGGUAACUCCGGAGACACGUAUCGAGCCUAAGGUACUUCAACAUUCACUGAAAAAUUCAGAAUCAGAACUAGGAGAACCUCUUUCCACAUCUGUGACAGCACCACCAAUGGUUGAGCAGCCUCAGCAUAGUUUGCCAACAUUGGAGGGAGAAGUAGCAUGGUCAUCCCAUAACUCUGCUGUAAUGUCAGACUAUGAAGGUGGAAGGUCUAAUGGAGUUCCAGUUACUAAGCUCCCUCGUCCUAGAAAUCCCCUUAUUGAUGCUGUUGCUGCUCAUGGCCAAAGCAAGUUGAAAAAAGUAACUGAACGAGUUCGGCCUCAGGUCGAACCUAAGGUAGAUGAAAGAGAUUCGAUGCUGCAACAGAUAAGAACUAAGUCCUUCAACUUGAAGCCUGCAAUGAUGACAAGAUCUUCAACGGUGACAAGACCCAGCAUUCAGGGUCCAGCAACCAACUUGAGGGUUGCUGCUAUCUUAGAGAAAGCAAAUGCAAUUCGCCAGGCACAUGCAGGAAGUGAUGAAGAUGACGAUGAUGAUAGUUGGAGUGAUACUUAAAGGGGUUUAUUCUAGUGCAGCUCUUCACCAGUGCAGUUAUUGGCUUGAACUGGGUGGUCACUUCUCUUUCUCACAGAACACUUGACGUUUCUGUAGUUUGGAGUAUCCUUUCUCCGUACUCAAAAUUCUUGUAGUAUACUCCCCUCCUUCUCCUCUCUCCCUUCAGAAUCUAUUUGUUGAAACGUCGGUCAGCUCUAUCCACGGAAAUCUAGUUGAGGCAAAAUGCUUUAUACAAGAACGACAGAUACAGCUCUGCGUGCGAGCGCAGUUCCAAUGUAUGUCCACAUAUACUCAUUUUUAAGAUCUUGUUAGGUGUAAAUUGUUGUGAUAUAAAUGUACUAUGUAGCGUAGCGGGAAUGAAAUUUUUGUAAUCCUAUGUGCAAUGUAAUGGUUCUUACGGUGCAUAUAUGUAUCCCUAUAUAGUCUAUAUGUAUCAUAUUUUAGAGGCCAUUGUUUUGUUGUUCAUAUAAAUGUCGAUGUGUGGAACUUAUUCAAGACUACAAAUUAUUAAAUUUACUGUUUCUAUUC